AUGGGAGGCAUGGCCCUGACCUGCCUACUGCUGCUGAAGAUGCUAAAGGUGGAGAUGGUUGGUGGUAAAGUCCUGGAGGAGACCUACAUGAGGUGGAUCCACUACAAAGACGAGUGUGUGAAGAUGAUUGACUAUGAGCCAUUUCCUCAAGGCUUGUUCUGUAACAGGACGUUUGACCGCUACGCCUGCUGGCCAGAUGGUCCUCCUGGGUCGGUGGUCAACGUGUCCUGUCCCUCCUACCUGCCCUGGUUUGACAAAGUGUCUCAGGGUGUGGUGCGUCGACGGUGUGGCUCUGAUGGCCACUGGGUGGAGGAGGAGGAUGGGGAAGUCUGGAGGGACAUGUCUCAGUGUGAAGAGGAACAGGAAAUCACAUCUCAGGAGCUGUGGUUCAAGCAGUUGAUGGUGAGCUUCAGGAUGCUAUACACGGUUGGCUACACCCUGUCCCUCUUCACCCUGGUCUCAGCGCUCAUCAUUCUACUGAGUAUCAGGAAGCUUCACUGCACCCGCAACUACAUCCACGCAAACCUGUUUGUGUCUUUCAUCCUGCGAGCCGUGUCGGUGAUCGUCAAGGACACCAUGCUGGAGCGUCACUGGGGCCGGGAGAUCAUGAGACAGGCCGACCUGGGAGAAAUGCUGAGUCACGAGGCUGCCAUUGGCUGCAGGAUGGCCCAGGUGGUGAUGCAGUAUUGUGUUCUAGCCAAUCACUACUGGUUCUUUGGAGAGGCCAUCUACCUGUAUUCGGUGCUCAUCGCCUCCGUAUUAAUUGAGAACAACAAGUACUUGCCUUAUAUCUGCCUCGGCUGGGGAACCCCUCUUUUAUUUGUCCUUCCUUGGAUGUUGGCCAAGCUAUUGAGAGAAAACAAAGAGUGCUGGGCAGUCAAUGAAAAUAUGAGCUACUGGUGGAUAAUACGGUUCCCCAUUCUGUUUGCGUCACUGAUCAACUUAUUGAUUUUCAUGAAGAUUUUGAAGGUGAUUCUAUCCAAACUACGUGCCAACAAUCAGAAUGGCUAUCCUGACUACAAGCUUCGCUUGGCCAAGGCGACCUUGACCCUCAUCCCUCUAUUUGGCAUCCAUGAGGUCAUCUUCAUCUUCGCCACUGAUGAGCAGACCACUGGCAUCCUGCGCUACAUCAAGGUCUUCUUCACACUCUUCCUCAACUCAUUUCAGGGAUUUCUGGUGGCUGUGCUGUACUGCUACUGUAACAAAGAGGUGAAGACAGAGCUUGUGAAGAAACUGCGAAGCUGUAGGAUGGAGAUGGAGGUGGUGUGCUGUGGACAGUGACUAACCGAGACAAGAGUAGAACCAUUCUCCAUCGCCACAGUUCCAGAGAACAAUGGAGCUUCUACACCACCAACAGGAGUCCAGCCUGAUAGUACUCCAUCUCCACAGACUCAAAGUUCAAGACAGCAUGCUCGGAACACCUCCAUGACACCAGAGUCUCUCGCUCAACUGCAUUGUCAUACCACAACGGCAACCCUGGACAAGAGUACAGACUGCACACACCUAACUCAUAAUGAGACCACAGGGUCUAGUCCAUCUAUGCAGGUGUCAUUCCUCAUUCACUUAAAUGACCCAGUAGAGUUACCUCCACAUGUUGUAAAUAUUUAUUCAGAUUAAAGGCCCAAAUGCAGCCAUUUUUAUCUUAAUAUCGAAUAAUUUCUGGGUAACAAUUAAGUACCGUAGUGUAAUAGUUUUAAAUUAAAAUGUAAUUUUUUUUUAUAAUAAUUGUUUCACAAACAAGAAGUUUCAGAGGACUGUCUAGGAGUGGUCUGAGCGAGGGGUCUAAUUGGGGGUGCCUAAUGUAACUUGAAAACUAGCUGUUGGCAGAGAGGUUUGUCACUUUUUUUGUUAUUGGUCUAUCAACUUAUACGGCCUGGGGAUGUCACCAUGCAAGACAACUCCACCCAUGCAAAACCUGCAGAUUAGAAGGUCCUGUGUAAAUUGUAUUUUCAACGGGCAACUAUCAGAAAGUUACACUGAUCACAUUUUUCCCACUUUUACAGUGUUAGUUUCAUCAGCUGUUGUACAAUAUGAUACAAAAAAACACAGGGAAAACUGAAAUUUGACUGCACUGGGCCUUUAAGUAAGAUAUUAUUUGUGUGUCACUCUGUUGAUGUACAGUAUUUUAAUGUAUUUCCAAAUGAUGAGUGGUACAGUGCCUAGUGAAAGUCUACACAUCCAACUCCCCCCAUGCCUUAAAAUUGCAUCUAAAAAGGGAUUAAAUAAACUCCACAUUUUCAAAGUUAAAGGAAAUUUUGGAAAGUGUUCCACAAGAAAAAAUAACAUGUAUAAAAUGCAUUUGUGUUCACACCCCGGAGUUAAUACUUUGUGGAAGUAUUUUGGCAGCCAUUACAGCUGGGAAUCAUUUUAAAUAAGAUGUAACCGGUGUCAAAUGGCUAGCUAGAUAGUAGCAUUUCAAUCUGUGACAUCACUUGCUCUGAGACUUUGAAGUAGUUGUUUCACUUGCUCUGCAAGGGCCGUGGCUUUUGUGUAGCGAUAGUUAACUAUGCUUCAUGGGAGGCAGUUGUUGAUGGGUUCAGAGGAUCCCUGGUAUGAGCCCAGGUUGGAGCAAGGAGAGGGACGGAAGCAAAGACUGUUACAUUUGCGCAACUCUUAGGGCAACAUACACUGAGUUUACCAAACAUUAGGAACACCUUCCUAAUAUUGAGUU